AACCUUGUAAGCCCGGAACGCUGGCGCCGGGCAACGGGGUGGGGAAACUGCGAAAAGGAACAUCCGGCGCCGAGGCUGUGUGCUUGUCCGUGUCGCGUUGCGCAGGUUUUAUUUCUUUUUCUCUCCGCCUGUUCUGCAUCGUGCCGGCCGGGACAUGUACCGGCAGAGUUUCCGACCCCCGACGCCUCCGUACGCGGGCGGCGGGUUCCGGAGCCCUCCCUCCGGCGGCGGCGGUCCCGUGCCCCCCUCGCCGCGGGGCUACGGCAGUCCGCGUCACACGCCGCCCUACGGCCCGUGGCCUGGGCCUUACGGCGGCGGGCUCUCGCCCCGAGACCCCGGCUGCGGCGGCGGCGGGCGGUUCGGGAGCCCGUCGCCGGGUGGGCAGACCCCGCGCAGGCCGCAGAGCGCCAGCCCCCGCUACCCGGCUGCCCGCGGCGGCAGGUCCCCGGUCGGAGCUGCCCCACACCUGCAACAGCACAAGCGCUCGCCCGGGGGCUACCAGAGGCACUACCAGGGAUCACCCAGGACAUCUACUCCAUUUGGUACAGCGCAUGGCAGAGAGAAAAGAGAGUCUAAUGAUGUGGAAAACUAUUACAGACCUUCAAUGCUUGAGGACCCAUGGGCUGGCCUAGAGCCAGUUUCUGUCACAGACAUAAACCUGCAGUACAGAAGUGAGCAAACAACAUAUCCUGGUAAAAAAGGGAGGUAUUUCAGUUAACACUUUUAAAGGCCAAAUAACUCCAUCCUGCCAGGAAAACUUUGGGACAAAAUCUUUUUAUUUACACAAAAUGAACAGUAGUAAAGGUCUUGGUUAAUGCUUAUAUUUUAUCACAUCCACCUUUUAUCCAUUUUUUUUUAAUUAUUAUUAUUAUUAUUAUUUUAAUUGCAUUGGAAAUUUUUAUGUAUGGGGAGGGAAAAAAAAAUGGUAGGAUGAGUUACCUCUCUGGCUACGUGGAAGUGCCUACCAGCUUUGAAGAACAAAAUGUUCUUUAAUCACCAGCGAGAUUUGUGACUGUCAAAACAUAUAUUUAUCUCUUCCAUGCCAGAUUGUUAGCCUUUUAUUGUAAACUCCUUUAAAUAAUGGUAUUUUUUUAUGUUUCAGCAUUUUUAGAAUGAAGUAACUUGGAAAUAAAGUAAACAUUUUGUAAAUCCUUGUUUUGUAAUGUAUAAAGAUUAUUUUAGGACUUUCGUUAAGGCGUACUGAUUAACAGAAAUAGUACUAGUUAUAUUAGGUGACUUUGUAAAUGUGCUUGUAUGCUCUAGUUAACAUCUGACUUUGUGCAUAGUAUUUUUUGUUAAUUGUAGUGCAAUGUGAAACUGAAACAUGACUUUAGCCAUCUCAGGAAACAGAUGUGUUGUCUUAUAAAUGUUUAAUUUGUUGAACCAGACCUUGAAUCCUAAACAUUAUUCUGUAAUAUUUACUUCUGUAUCUCAAAAAAAGAAAAAAGCUUUUGAAAGAAGAUUACAUGUUUCUGGAUUAUAACCAAGUCUGUGGCAAUUUUAGGCUAAACAACACAAAAUAUGAGAAUUAAAUUAAAAUGUAUUUUCUGGAUUUACCUUUAGAUUAGCAUAGAAUGAAUGGAACUUUGUUGUACGGUUGACGUUAGUACGUUAAUAGCAUCUUAUUUUUGUUUUCCUCUGGCUUUUUAAUUUUUUACCUACAGCUGGCAUCUUUUUCUAGAGAAUUGUUGUUUUCAGUGUGUUUAUUUUUAUCUUGAAGAGGAAAACAAUCAGGUUUUUGUCUUUUUUGUUUCUGUGUAUGGAAUAUCCAUUCUUAAAUUCACUAGUGAAUAUUAUAAGUUAGUGCAAGUAAGGAAUAGUUCCAGCUGUAGGCAUGCUCUUUACAUGCAGUGUUAAGUGCGCAGUGGAUAUCUAAAGUGUUGUUUGACCCUAUUGUUAUUUGUUGAUUAUUGCUUCUAGGCGCUACGUGGAAGAUGAAAACUCAGUUAACUAAGUAACACUAGUUCAGUCUUCAAAACAUAUUUAUUUUCUUUUAAGCUUAUCUACUUCACAGAAAACUAGAAAAUAUUUUUGUAAUCAUGAAGCAUGGUUAUGUGGAAUAGCGUGGGAAUUGCAUUAUGUUGUUCUGAGUAUUUUUUUUUUUUGCUGAGCUACAGUAGUCCUGUAGUGCUACUUGGUCUGUUUCAUUACAGAGUAUCUUUGCUUAAUACCACCUUCAGGAACAACUUAAAAGUGGAGGGGGGACUGUGUGUGGGUGGGUGACUAGUUAGAACAUGCUAGCUGAGUCUUAAACUUUUAUGACUGUAACCUAAAGUUUUUCGCUUGUUUUUCUUCAGUUGGACUUUUUGUUUGUUCUAGUACUAUAUCCAAAAGGCUGCUCAGAGAACUGAGAACAUAAUGCCUGCUUGAUAUCACAAGUUCUUAAAUCAUCAUCCCCGAAUCAAAACUGUCAUUUCCAUUGCAACUGUCAGUAUUCAUAUCUGUAACGCAUACCAGCAGAACUGAAAUUAUUUGAUUACUUGUACAAACUCUACAGAAUUUAAAGUAAUUCAAUUAUGUCAUUUUGAAUUAUAGAAUAUAAAGUUUUCUUUCUUUUUACCUUUGCAGGUUCUGUAAAGCUCACAAGGUUAUAGAGUGAUUAACUGAGUCAUCUUUUUUGUAACUUUUCUCCUUUGCGAUUCAACGCACUUUACUUUUUGUAAUGUGUUUGAUGAUCUCAUGGAAUUAGAUCAGAUAGUACCUGAUGUUUUAAGAGAGCAAAGUUAUUAUGUGUUCCCAGUGAGACAUGAGAAGAAACUGGGUUUAGAAAGGAGAAAGGAAAAGGAUUCAUGACAGAACAGAGACUGUUAGAGACGGAACUCUUUUUACAGUAACAAAUAUCAGCUGCCCUUGCACACUGCAAAGAUGCAUUUUUUUUUUAUUUUGGCUUUCCAGUUGACCAAGGGAUCAAAGCCAGUCACCUCUGGUAAUAAAUGUUUGCUCCUGGAGCAGGGUGUCAGACAUCAGUGAAGGUAAAUGUUCCAGAAAGUGAAGUCAGGAAACAAUCUUGAAGCGCUGCUUAAUCAGUACAGGCUUUCCACAGUGCCAUCUUUUAAGCUGCUGCACCAGUGCACUUCAGGAUAUGACCCAACAAUUAAAAGUACAUCACACUGCUAAAGACUCCUAUAAUUUGGUCAAGAAUCUGCAAGGAAUUUAGAUGUAAUAAGGAUACUAAACUCGUCACACCAUACCAGAAACUUUAAAGUGAUUCAGCUUUCUGUCUUCCAGGAGAAAUUCUGAAAUUACAAUAACAUUUCAAAAUGUUGUUGGAUAGCUGUAAAAUGCAUGAACACAUGCUUAGAACCAUAAAUAUAAAAAAAUAAAUAUUAAAGCCAGACUAAACUUUGCCCGGUAUUUUGUUUCAGUUUUGUUUGUUCGGGUUUUUUUUUUCUAUGAUAGCCAGGAAACUAGAGCACUUAACUUGCUGAUUUUUGUCCCUUUUCCCAUAUGGCAAACAUUCUUUCUCCCACAUGUUUCUAAUGAAGAUAGGAUAUAUCACUUCCUCAUUUGUUUAUGAAGCCUCUUCUUAGCACCAGUAUAGUUCUGGAAGUAGUAUUUGAUGAUAAGGAAAAAAACCAAAACAUCUGAAAUGCAUCCUUACUUCAUGAGCCCAUGAAACAGAAUAGUUUCUCUGUCUCGCUGAUGAAGGUAUUCUUCUGUAAUGAGAACACUUAAGAACUUGGGUGUUAUGCUUUUUUUCAGCAGACUUUAAGGUAAGUCAUUUAACUCUUCAGAAGUUUGGAUUAAUAAUCAUUCUGUCCAUUCAGUUUUGUUUGCGUUCUUUGUCCAUCGAGAUUUAUUUUCCAUUCAGUCACAGUAAAAGGAAUUGCAUAACUCACUGCUAACUCUAUCAAAAAAUAAAAAUAAAAAAAUCUGUAAUUCUGUUUGCUAGCUGCUGUGCUCAAUGAUGAGCUGCAUAUGACAGUUAGACUACUGAAUUAAUUCGAGUACAAUUCUGUGUGACAUGGUAACACAGCAGGUGAGGAGGAAUCCCAGCUUGUGUACAACAGUUCUUCAGAGGUGGUUCAAGUUUGGGUUUUCACUGCAGCUUUAUGAUCCAGAAUAGUAACUUUUCUCUGGCACCGCAGAUGCACUGUUUUACACUGAAAUUGUAAAACAAGCUAUUUAGAAUGUUACAUUUCAAUUUAAAUGGGGUUUUAAAGUUUGUAUUAAACUUUAAAAAAAAACAACUAGCAUUAAUACACUGAGGUUUACCAUUUUUCUAAUGUAAAAACUGGAAACACAUUGCAGAGGAAAUGCUUCUGAUCAGCAGAAUGGGUAACUGCUUCUGCAGUCAGGCUUUUUUCCUGUUGAGGGUAUCUUUGUAUGCUCUUCAAUUUAUGUGUGUUUAUUAGAAACCUGGCAGAAUAAGCAUACGUUUUAUGUAUAGUCUACAAGUAUCUAUUCUCUAGCUCCCUCCUAAAGGAAAGUUAUUGUAGUCUGUUUGGCUUUUGAGUUAUACUUAGGAGUAGUCUUGUUGACAUCAUAGGCUUUUACUCAUGCACCCAACGUCUAACAAACAUUAAAGUUUGAAAAUUA